AUGCAAGUUGCUGUACAAGAUCUGGAGGGAACAAAGAAGACACACCUCAGCACUCCGCCAUCAAGACGACACAAUCAGAAAUGCCGCAAUCGCUUUGCGCUGGCGCACCGCAAUGCUACAUUUCUCAGCUCCGGAGGACCGGCCUUUCCUGACAGAACUGUAAGACCCCCCUCUGGCAGCAGCACUGGUGAAAACUGGGUCCCUCCUGGGGCUUGGGCAGCCCCAGAGGAUGAGCAUGCAUGUCAGGGUGCUGACUUCAAACAAGUUGGCCGUCCAUGCAUUUGCAGAAUUUCAACUGACAACCCAAAGGCUGCCAUGUCAGCAAUCCAUGGCCCUGCUGGUGUGCCUGCGCACCACCAUCUUCCUGGCCUCUGCCCAGUCAAGGACACUCUGUGUCCCCUGGUGCCACCGCACCCUCACACCUCCCAGCCCCCGGCGACAGGCAACAUCUAUAUACAAGACUUUGCCUGGCGCCAGUGGUGGGAUCCACUUGGCGAGUUUGACUGUCUCACACACAACAUGCCCUACCACAGCUACAGCAUCUCGGGCACAUGUGGUCCAUUCCACGGCGUGUGCGACUAUUUUGACUUCCGGUCCGUGGGGCAGAUCACUCCAUAUUCCCUCAAGCACACUCCCAUCACUGCAGCCAAUGUGAGGAACCAGUCGGAGCUCCUGCUUUCCAUGUACCGCCGCACGGCGUCGUUACUGCAGCACAACGUCCUGCUGCAGCCAUUGGGGGACGAUUUUAGAUAUGAUUACAACGUUGAGUUUGACCAGCAGUACCGCAACUACAAGGCCAUUGCAGAGUACCUCAAUACCCACAGGGACAAGUACCGUGUAGAGGUGCAGUUUGGCACUCUCUCCGACUACUUUUCCUCACUGCGAGAGCGACAAACCCGGUUCCCAAGUCUGCAGGGUGACUUCUUCCCGCUGGCACAUGAGCCCGGCAACUAUUGGACAGGCUACUUUUCCUCGAGACCCUUUUGGAAAGGGGCUGUCCGAGACCUGGAGAGUGAGCUUAGAGCUGCCGAGUUGCUCUUUACGUAUGCAUACCUUUUGUCGUCAUUGCCAUCGCAGCAUAAUCAGCAUGAUGAAGAUGUCAAUAAGAGGAUGAUGAAUGUGACACAAUUGGAAGCAGCAGACAAAGGCAACAAGGAUAAACAAAUCCUGACGCUCGUCUACUCACUCUUGUCAACUGCCCGAGCUGAGCUGGCUGUGUUCCAGCACCACGAUGGCAUCACAGGCACAUCGAGGGCUGCCGUCAUGGCUGACUAUGGCCGGCGCCUGAGAAGAGGCAUUGCAGAUGCGCGAAGGGCCCAGGCCUGGGGCGUGUCCCUCAUUCUCCUUGACAAUGACCAUGUCAGCAGCAAUGGGGUUGGUGUGACCAAUAAAGAACCUCGCCACUUGGCAGUGCUGGACCAGGACGGGAAGCCGCUCGACUUCCAGGUGAACCCACUGUCUGGCGGCGUGCAGGAUGGUGAGUACAUCAUAUCCAGGGCCUGGUUUGAGGUGGAAGUGCUGGUGGCCAUUGGACCCCUGGGCUUUGCCUUCCUGCGAGUCGCCUCAUUAUCAUCAUCAUUUGGGAGUCAUCAUCCCAAGCACAACAAGGUAGUUCUUGUGAGGUCCCACUUGCGACUCAGGAGUCUGACCAGCACCACCACCACCACCAUGGACAUCAACACCAGCAAUACAAUGAAAAAUGCUUCAUCGCCAUCAAUAAGUGUUGCUGGUCAUAAAAAUCAUGAUGAUGAUGAUGAUGGUUUUGUGGAAGGACCUCGACUGGUGGCUGAUGACCAACAAGAGCAGCAGUUGUCCUUCCGCAUCUCCAACUCCCGCUGGCAACUUGAAUGCCACUCAGCAUCUGGCCUGCCUGUGCGGCUGCAGGACCGCAGAAGUGGCGUGUGGCACCCCUUGUCGGUCCAGCUGAGGGCAUAUGACCCUGUUGCAGGCAUGUCUGGUGCCUACUCAUCCAUGUUCCGUGGCCAGUCAAGGGACAUGUUGGCCGGCAUCCGGCCACACUCUGUCAUCACCGAGGGCCAGCUAGUGUCCACCGUCCGCACCUUCUACAAUGACUUCGCAAACCUCACCUUCUCCCUUCUCAAGGAGCCUGCGUCACUGUCCGAAGCCCUGCAAGUCCAGUUGACAUUGCACAUGCGUGGCCACCCGCUCAAUGCCCACCAGUUCCGCGUCAUGGCCAAGGAAGUGUUCCUGCGCAUCAAAACAGGGUUGCGGGAUGUUGGUGGCGCCUUCUACACGGACUCGUCGGGCCUGCACAUGACAAAGCGGUUCAUCAUUGAUGACCUCCAUGCUGCUGCCAACUACUACCCCAUGACGUCCAUGUUUUACAUUCAAGAGACAACCAGCAUCAACAAAGAGGACAAGAAAGAGGAGGGGAAACAGAAACGACGACGAGUGACAGUUGUCAGUGGACAGAGUCAUGGCGUGACAGCCAGUGCAGCCCCUGGUGUGAUGGACGUGAUGCUGGACAGGACUGCACAUGUUGAUGACCACAAGGGCCUUGGCGAAGGGGUGGAGGAUCCCAAGAGGACGGCGUUCAAGUUUGCUCUGCUCUUGGAGGAGGAAGAGCAUCAUCAUCAUCAUCCAUCAGCAAUGGCUGAUGCUGCUGCAAGUGGACAAUCACAUCAAGACUACAAGGAUGAUGCACCAUUUCAUCCACAGGAUGCUCAGCAACAGCAGCAGCAUGAAGAAGAACUCUUGCCUUCUGCAAUUGCUGUGGCAGUGGCCAGGCAUCUGGCCCACCCACCUGUUUUGUUUCUGCUUUCAUCCACAUCUGACAAUGUGUCUGCCAGUGUUGCCAUCAAUAAUGAUGACAAGAAAAUAUCAGCAAUACUUGCUGGCAAAUCACCUAUUGCCCAUUCCAGUAUGUUGGUCAAGUCCCUGCCCUGCAACAUGCACUUGCUCAAUAUGCGCUUCAACUGGAGGCGGCAAAAACAUCGGCAAGGAACAUCAGCAACAACUAAAACCACAGGCAUCAGCAGCAUGGACAACAUCAUUGAUCCCCAGGAUCACGUGAUUAAGAUGGGAAAGAAAGAGGUUCUUGUCACUCUGCAUCACCAGGGUGUCAACAGGGGCUUCCAAUGCUCCUUGUCCUCAUCCCUGUGCAGUCAAGCUGCAAGCGUGGCCACUUCAGACCGCGUGUCUCUCAUGCUCAACUCCAAGGCCUUUGGUGGCCUGCAAGUUGUCCGCACGUCCUUGACUGGUCUGCAUGACUUCCCAAGUAGUAAACAAGGAGAAGAAGAAAAGGACACUAAGACAAUAAAGAAGAAGCCAACAACUGCUGUUCCGUCUCCUUCUGUGGAUGCAGACAAGCGCAAGCAGCUGCCAAUGAAUGAACAGCCAAAUAAUUUUAAUGAUGAUGCUGUCAAUGUUGAUGAUAGCGGGCAGUGGCGGGUCCACUGCCGGGUCAUGCAGCUCUGCUCAUUUAAGUUCCUUGUGUCUCCAGCGGCAGCAGCAGCAACAUUACCUAUCACGUGAUCUGACUGAGCCUUAAAAUGUGCAUUACCCUACAGCCCGCCCGUGUCUUGUCAUUUCAACCUUUUGAACAUCAUUGUACAACAUAUGCCUUGUGCUGUGCUCCUGCUGAUGAACGUGUUGGGUGAUGAUCAACCCACCUUUUCUUGUUUUUUUUUCUCACUGCGGAUGCUUCCUCUCAAAUGCAGGCACAAUAAUACAGGCAAUGUGCAGAACAAUGGUGUACUUCAUGUGCACAGCUGUGAAAAGGAAAUCCGUGCUGCACGUAUAGAAUGCGCGGCCUACCCAAGAAUCAA